AUGGCCAAGCUGGAUACCCUUCUGGCCAACACCGAGCUGGUGCCACUCUUCUGGAGUCUGUGCGUGCUGCGACGCGCGUUCGGCCACGGUAACGCGUUCGUGGUGCGCUGGGGCGUUUUACGGGCCCUCCGUUUGCCUCCUGUGGACGAAAUCGAAACGUUCGUCACCUCAGCACUGGUGCCGGCGCUCAACGAUGCAGCGCUGUUUGCUGAUGUGGAUCUCCACGCUGAGGCCGUGCUGCGCCUGGCCUCUCGCCGCCUCCUGCUGCGUGUGGCGCUCGGCUGGCUCCGGACUGACGCGCCGGUACUAGAGUGUGCCGUGGCGGCGGCGGCGGCGGCGGCUGACGGUACGGCUGCGCCCGCUGGACUGGCCGCUCCCGAACCCGCUGCCCUCCAGGUAGAGGUGAUGGCAGCGCUGGCGGCGGAGCGGAGCCCCGUGCGUGGCAGGCUGCUCGGCGGCGCGUUGCGGAUCCUGGAGGCUACGCUGCCACUGACGGCGGACCACCCAGUCCUUCCGCCGCUACACGCCGCGCUGGUGGAGUGUCACACGGACUUAUACCGACCACGGAACGCUGUCGUCAGUGACAUGGCCCUGCUGGCUGCCCUGGUCGGGAAACCUGACGACAAACAGGCGCCCUCUGCUGCUGUCCGACAGCUGAUCGGUGUGGUAAUACCCUGUGUCGGGGAGUACAUUGUGCGGCAGGUGGAGGCAGCAGCAACCGCCGAGGAUCUGACACUCUGCGAGUUUUACUCCGAGUUGCUGCGCGCAGCUGCCGCGGUCGGCUGUAGGGUGGGGGUGGAGACUGUCGUCCACCGACUGUGCAGUGUUUCCACCAGUGCUCAUCCGCUGCGGGUGCAUGCGGCUGUAGUGACUCUCGCUGGUGUUGCUGGUGCACUGGUGUCAGCCGUCACCAGCACUAACCUCGGUGACUCCCUGGUGCCGCUGGCAGAGCUCGCCCGCCACGACUCCGUCCCAGCCGCACUGUCUGCCUGUUCGGGCGCCGGUACCUGCGACACGCCGCUGGCUGCCCGCCACUUUGAGGCCACCUGGCGACUCACUGAAGCCCUGCUCUCGGCCGGCCUCAUGUCUGAGUCAGCCCGGCGGCGGGCGGCGCCGGGCGCAGUGUCAGCGCUGUCUGUGUGUCCGCGGCGCGGUCUGGAGCCACUGCUCGGCUGUCUGCCGACCCUACUGGCCGACUGUAGCCCAGAACUGCUCCGUGAGGCCGCCACCGCCGCCUGGACCGCCCUGCACGAGCACCGUCGCAGUGAGGUGUUCGUGCUCUCGCUGCCGGGCCUGUCACGUCUCGUGUUCACUGCUGACACACUCACCAACCCGGAUCUGGCUGACCUGGUGCAAGACAUGAGCGAGCGGCUGCUACAGCUCGUGGAGUCGGUUCCGGCCGCACUACUGGCUCUCAUAUCACAGCUGAACUUUGUGUGGUCGACGGACAGCAGCAGCCUGCCCCGCCACCUCCCGACCGUGACUGCCGCCCUCCUGCACGGCGCUGUCCACCGUCGCGACCGUCGUGCGCUCCAGGACACUGUCGGCUUCGUGAGCGGCCCGGCGGCGCCGUCGACCGCCGAUCAUCUGCUCGACAAGGCCGUACGCGCCGCUGGGGUGGCCGCCCUGGGGCUGCUACUGAAGAGAGGACGGGCGGCGGCGGUGGCGGAGCUGGCGGAGGAGCUGAGGUGCCGCGCCGACCGAGCCGGAGAGGGACGACACUUUGGCAACUCUGCCAGUCAUCGAGUGCAGCAGCGGGCCUACCAGGCGCUGCUGGUACUGCACACGGCUCUGUCGCCGGAUGAGCGUGAGAAGCUGUGUAUCUCCACGUGCGACCGGCUGCUGCGCUGUCACCCUCAGCCCAGUGUGCGGUACCUGCAGGAGUGGCUGGUGGUGCUGCUGUGCGUGCAACAGCCGCCGCUCAUAGCACACGUCUGGGACCAUAUGGACAAGGCGGGUGAGGGUCGAACCGGCAGUAUCGGCUCGUUUGUCGCCAUCCUGACGCACCUGGCCCAGUCGGGCGCGGCUACCCCCGGCUCUGGAGACAGCGGCGACUCGGCAGAGCAGUUUGUGCGACUCUGCUUCCGGCGCAUUCUGCCCUGGUGCAUGGCUCAGCAUUUCAACACGCGAGUCUACGCCCAGGCGGCGCUGCACCGUCUCUGGCUUUUGGCGGAGAAGCGCGCUAUGACCGCCAUCCUUUCCGAGUUUGAGGUAGUUCACGCCAGCGUAUCCCAGUCUCUGGAGUACGGAAACGCCAACAAGAACUCGCAGCUGAUUCUUAACGAUUUCUACUUCACCGUGUUCGACCCGGUCCGGCACUUCUCUCUGGAGGCGAUCUACUGUUCUCUACCGCGGCUGGCGUCGGUGGAACAGGACGAGUGGGUGCCUCCGGAGCUAUUCCCCGACCACCUUACCGAAGGGGCCGGGGAUGGAGAGGAGGCACCGGCCGGUUCACUGCGUCUGAGCCGGCUCUGCCCCGGUCUGAGGGACGCCCAGCCAGCCAGCUGGACGGCGCGCACCGGCGACCUCAGGACGGCACCUGCAGGUGAGGUGGCCGGCGCGGUCGACGGGGACCCGUCCAGUACCGGCGGCGGCGGCGAGGUGCAGCGCAAACCGACUCCGUGGCGCCAGCUGCUCCCCGAGCCGUCCGAGGUGUCGGCGGUGCGCCGGAGUCGGCGACCGGCCAGCAACGGGCCCGUGCUGGUGGCAGCGCUGGUGGACCGGGCGCCCAACCUGGGCGGUCUCUGUCGCACGUGCGAGGUGCUCGGCGCCGCCCGGAUGGUCAUCUCCAGCCUGCAGCUGACCGCCGACAAGCAGUUCCAGAGUCUGAGCGUGUCCGCCGAGCGCUGGGUGCCACUGACGGAGGUGAAGCCCCACCAGCUGGCCGAGUACCUCUCCCAGCUGCGCUCAGCCGGAUACACCCUCGUCGGUGUGGAGCAGACCUCCAACAGCGUGCCCGUCACCGCCUACCAGUUCCCGGAGCGGACCGCGCUGGUGCUCGGCAACGAGCGGGAGGGCAUCCCGGUGGAGGUGAUCCACCUGCUGGAUGUCUGUGUGGAGAUCCCGCAGUGUGGCGUGGUGCGGUCGCUGAACGUGCACGUGGCCGGUGCGCUGCUACUGUGGGAGUACCGGCGACAGCACCCCUGAGGAGGCCCGGAGCCGGAGCCGGAGCCGGAGCCGGAGCUGCGCUGAGUGAGUACCGAUGGUGUUAGAGGGAGUGGUGGGAGGCGGCGAGUGGAGUUGUCUCCGAAACUCGCUCGCCGAGGAGAGACGGCGCUGCCGCCGUCAAAGGGGUGGGCUGGAGAUUGCGCAGGUGUCUGGCUGUGCUGUUAGGUACUUUGGUAGUGGUAUGGUUGUUCCGGAAUAAUUGUCCAAAGGCAAAUCACAGGCUGCUGAUGAGAAAUAUCCCCACAAUCUUGUACUAACAUGCGAACGGGGUACGCCUUCACCGACUCCGCCUUCGCUGUCUCUUCCUUUCACCAAGCUGUCUAACACUGAAGGCUGGAAGUCGUAGCAAAUCUGCAUUCUGCGAGAGCUGCAAAUCUGGAACCCCUUUCUUUAUUUUUGUGGUUCUGGAGGCCGAUCACUAU